CUAAUAAUAUCACCAUAUGGUCCCACAUCCUGUAUCUUCCAUCAAGUGCACGGUAGCCUCCCGUGUUUCUCUCUCCUCGCCCUUUUGAAUCCUCUCACCCCGUUGACAUGUUCCAAAGUCAAGUGAGGCGCGCCCACCCUCACAAAACUCCAACCCCCAAGAAAGAAAAGAAAACCCGAAAGAAAAAGAGCCCCACAGCAUAGCCCUCACCCCUUUUUAGGACAGGAUCCAAUGCCUUCGCCCACCACUCUCUCUCUCUCUCUCUCUCUCUCCUUUUACUCUGCCCCAGAGUCUCCCCACUCUUCCAAAACAAUCAAUAAACUAGCAAAAGUCAGCGCCUCCCCCUUAUCUCCUCCUCCUCCUUCCUUCCUUCCUCCGGGGUGAGCCGGCCAAGAAAUCCAACCACUCCGCCGCCGCCCGCCGAUGGAAGAGGAGCGCUGCUUCAACAACUGGGACCUGGACGCCGUCGUGCGCCUGGGCUGCCGCAGCCGCCUCUCCCCGCCGCGGCAGGGGGGCACCAACCCCUUCGCCGCGCUUCUGCCGCCGCAGCCGCGGAAGGAGAAGGAGCAGGAGCAGGCGGAGCCUGCCAAGGAGCCGGAGGCAGACACCGGGUGGCGCUUCCCGGACCUGUGCGCCGGCGGCGGGCAAGGCGGCGAUGAGCUCCUCAGGGCGCUGCUGGCCGCCCAGCCUCCCCUGCCUCAGCCUCUGCCAACGCCACCAUCUCCGCCGACGCCGCCCCAGCGACAGCUGCAGCCGGUGGACGUGCCGCCGCCACCCCAGGUGCACGCAGCUCCGGCGGCUUCUGCUCCGGCGAGGGCGCAGCCGAGCGGGCGGCCGGUGCCCGGUGGCGUUCCAAGAUCCAAGAGAAGGAAGAACCAGGUCAAGAAGGUGGUCUGCCACGUUCCCGCCGACAGCUCGUCGUCGGACGUGUGGGCGUGGCGCAAGUACGGCCAGAAGCCCAUCAAGGGCUCCCCCUACCCAAGGGGAUACUACCGGUGCAGCAGCUCCAAAGGGUGCGCGGCGCGGAAGCAGGUGGAGCGCAGCCGCUCGGACCCCAGCAUCUUCAUCCUCACCUACACCGGCGACCACAACCACGCGGCGCCCACCCACCGCAACUCGCUCGCCGGGACCACCCGCCACAAGUUCCCGACCUCCUCCUCGGCGGCGCCCCAGCCGCCGCCGCCAUCCGUGGUGGUGUGCGGCGGCGGCGCUGCCAGCCCCGGCGACGAGCCGCACCCGCCCCAGCAGCCGAGCCCGGGCCGGAAUUCCACGCCGACAGCGGGGCUUUCCCCCACGACGCCGCUGCGCACACCGUCCAUGGAGGAGGACGAUGACGACGAGGACGGGCUGCGGGUGGAGGACAUUGAGAUGGCCGGCGAGGACGAGCUGCUGUUCAUGAACACUGACGACGACGACGCGGCACCGCUGGAGUCGAUGCCCUCGCUCUUUGACACCGUCCACGAGCCCUUCCUGAGCUCUUCCUGGGUGUCGGCCUCCACCACCGCCGGCGAGCCACCUACAGGAGCGGCCGGGGCCAAGAGCUGACUUCUUCAAGAGACAAUUGUUGUGUGCCCUCGUCAUUGUAGAUGAAAGAAAUCAAGGGAAACAGAGAGAGGAGAAGACAAGAAAGCAUAUGAUCCGCCAUCCUAAUCGAUCCAUCGAUGGCAGCAGCACCAUGAUAGUAUGAUACUAGUACUAGUUGUAGCAUAAGUAGUCAGUCCAGACCUGUAUCGAGCUUGAUCAAUCACCAACCAAUCCAGCCUUCUUCACUGACUAGACCAACAUCUUGGCAUUUCAUUCUCUUUUUUUUUCUCGCUUUUCUUCUUUAGGAAUAGUUGAAACUUUGUAUAUCUUUCUCUUAGGUGCCUUUUUUUUUGUGCGAAACUGAAAGUGGUAGAUGAUGAACCAACAAAAAGGAGUGCAAAAAUGAAGGAAAAAGUGGAUGGUGUGUUUGGGUGGCUCCUUUUGUUCUUCCUCUUGCACGGAGUUGAGAUCA